UUCGGGAAGCACUUCUAGCCAGUCCCACUGCAGGACGAGAGCAUGUUUUUUGGACCAGCACGUAUUGUCCGCGUAUCGUUUAUGUUGCAAUGUUUAAAUGUGACACUGAUAAAAGAACAACAACCGGUUAUUAGCGUUAACUAACAGUAACACAAUAACAGUCCUCGCUAGUCUCUGCUAGCAAGUGCUUGGACUAGUGCAGAUUUGGCAAAACUAAAAAAUGGUUCGAUAACACACACCAAGGAUAUGAUGUGACAAUUUGGUUUUAAAAACGUCUAACGAGGAGCUUGAGGAUAAAUUGUUGGCUUUGUAGCGUGUUUACAUAACAAAGAACGUGGCUAGACUAUUCUCAGGCUUUUCACCCGUUUACUCGUCAUUAUGUCCGAAGUCAUCCAUUCGUUUCAGUCACAGCUGUCCGGGGUCAUGGAGACCGUUUUUAAAGCUGCCAUAUUUGAGAUCACCCGGCUCGUGGAGGAGAGUUUCGUGAAGGAAGUGUCCCGUAGUCGAGAGCAGGUAGAGACUCUCAAGAAGAGGCUCCAGUGGAGCGAGACCAGACGGAAAAAUCAAGAGACGGGUGUGAGGAGUCAGAGGUGUGCACAGUGUGACAAAGCCCGUGUGUGUAACGAGGAGAAAGAAGAAUUGUCACCACAAUCAGAAAAUGAACGCAGCCUCAAACAGGAGAAAGUUCCGGAUGGGAACUGGGGAAGCUGUGAGUUGGAGUCUGAAACAGUUUUGGGAAAAGAAAGAUCAGAAGACCAAACCAGCCCCAGCAAUACAACAGAGUCUGCAAGCACAGAGGACAGAAAACUGGACUGCGUGUUGAAAGAAGAGACUCUUUAUGUCAGUGCUGGUAAUAAGGAACUUCAGGAUGGGUGGACAUUGGAUACAGAAGGAGCUGAGACGUCUGAUUUCUCAGCUCACAGUUACAGUGAGCAGGAGCUGCAGCAGAUUCAGGAAGAGUGGAGCUCUGGACUUGAUCAGACUGCUGACAAUGAGACUUACGCAGAUAUCGCAGAUGUCCAGGGCCUGACGUACCGAACACGUUAUGACGCAGAAGAGUUAGCAAGCUACAAUGUGCAUGAACUGGACAUGCAUGAACUGGACGGUCUUGGAGAAAGAACUGAAGACAUGUUGGGUAAUUCAGUAUCGGUCGCAGUUGGCCCUGAUCAAAAUGACCUGGACCAGGAAGUUGGGAGACGUCACAGCUCUUCCCUUAAGAGUAAGAGAGGAAACAGAGGAUCUGUACCUGUGCAAGUCAACCCAGAGACAGAAGAUGUGAAUGGAGACAUGCACUGUUUACUUAUUAAUGCAGAUGGCCACUUGCAAGACAUAAAUUCCUUCAGUGAAGUUCGUGGUGGGGUUGCAGGAGGUGCUGGACAUAGAGGACACUCACUGUAUGUUGAGGACGCAACUAGUGGUGCAGUUUAUAAGGGACAUGCAUUAAAUCACUCUAAUGUUGGACAAGCAUUAGGAGACAACAGGGCUUCACUGAAAGCCUUCCCGCACUCCCACCGAGUUGGUUCAAGUGCUGGAUACACUUGUAACCAGUGCGGUAAGAAGUUCACUCAGGCCUGCAACCUAAAAGUGCACCAGCGUGUCCAUCAGCGGGACGGUCUCCACUUGUGCAGCCACUGUGGGAAAGGGUACUCAUCCUUCAGUGACUUGCGAAGACACAGAUGCAGUCAGACCGGAGACAAGCCCUACACAUGCACACUAUGUGGGAACAAAUUCAGCCGACUGUGGAAUCUCAAGCUGCAUCAGCGUAUUCACACACAGGAGAAACCACACAAGUGCACCAUGUGCACUAAAAGCUUUACCCGGGCUGACAUCUUGAAAGUCCAUCAACGUACUCAUACAGGAGAAAGACCGUACUGCUGUGGUAUCUGUGGAUUGAGCUUCAAACGAUUGGAUCAUCUCAGGUCACAUCAGCGCAAACAUAGUGCUGACCAGAACAAUCCAUGACAAAAAUGCACCAUGUAUAGUCUUAUGGUGUGUGCACAUGAAACGCAAAGCUAAUAUUCUCAUCGCGUUAUUGUUCUAAAUUAAUCACGUGAAUAAAAUCAUCACGUAAUGCUUUUCUCCAUUUUCUGAUAGAACCGGACGUGUCAAACUGGACAUGUCAAUAAGUUUCUUUAUUGACACAUCCAGUUGUAUCUAAAAAGUGUUUGUUUGAAUUGUUUAUAUUUAUGCUGUGUGCACACCAAACGCAAAGCGAAUAUUCUCAUCGCGAUAUGGUUCUAGACUACUUACAGGAUGUUUUUCGUGUCAUUUGUGCAAAUAAAAUUGUGUAAUGCUUUCCUCCAUUUUCUGAUAGAACCAGACAUGUCAAACUGGACAUGUCAAUAAGUUCUUCACGGAUUAACGUGAAAACUCAGCAUGUAAAUUUUCCACUUGAGUUGAAAAUUUUCACCUCAUUUAUCAAAUAUUUGCUACGUGAAUGGUGUGCACACAUCAUUAGUUUUUUUUUUUUUUACUUUUAAAUUGUUGGAAGGUCAUAAAUCCAGACUGGACAUUAAUAUGAUCAGUCAGGUGUUUCCCAUAAAUCAUAACACUGUUGCUGUGUAAGUUCCCAUUAUAGGUAUUAUGUCUUCUGUAUAAUUUAAUUUAGUUUUCUCUAGUUAAUUCACCAAGAAUGAAUAUUUAUCAUUUACUCACCUUUAUGUCAUAUAAAACCGGUAUGGCAUUGUGGUACAUACAUCUGUGGUACAUAAAAGACUUUUUUUUUUCAGAAAUUUGUCAGGGUUUUUUUUUUCGUCAACUGUUUUCCAGCAUUCUUUAAAAUGUCUUCUGCUGAACAGAAAAGAAUAAAAGCAGGUUUGAGAGUAAUUAGAUGAUGACAGAAUGCUCAUUUUUGGAUGAACUAUGCUUUUAAGUGAUGCUAUGCAUCACUUAAAAGUUUGAAUAUUGUGUACUUGUGAUGCAUACUUGUUCACUCAUUUUGAAAAAAAAU